AUGACGAAGAAGCCUUUGUCUUGCCGGGAGAGCUUCAAUAACUGUGAGCGUGAUUCUGCUGUACAGCUCCAUCCCAGGCAAGUUUCUCUGUGCUAUCUGCCUCUGCAAACGGGUCUGGUAUGUCCUCUAGAGGUGUCAGUCAGUUCAGGGAGCAUCCAGGUUGCCCGGGGCCAGACAGCAGUAUUGCCCUGCACCUUCACCACAAAUGCUGCUCUCACUAACCUUAAUGUUAUCUGGAUGGUCAUUCCUCUCUCUAACGCCAACCAGCCGGAACAGGUUAUUCUCUACCAAGGGGGUCAGAUCUUUGGUGGUGCACCCCAGUUCUAUGGGCGAGUGGGGUUUGCUGUGACAAUGCCAACCACCAGUGCCUCCAUCUUCAUCAACAACACACAGCUGUCAGAUACUGGCACGUACCAGUGUUUGGUCAACAAUCUUCCCGACCGAGGUGGCAGGAAUAUUGGAGUCAUUGGACUCACUGUCUUGGUUCCUCCUUCUGCCCCGCUCUGCAGAAUCCAGGGGUCCCUGGACGUGGGCAGCGAUAUCACACUGACCUGCAGCUCGGAAGAAGGCAUCCCCCGGCCAACAUACCUCUGGGAGAAGCUGGACAAUGUUCCCAAGUUGCCCCCAACUGCCACACAAGACCAAGUCCAGGGCACUGUCACUCUCCGAAAUAUCAGCACUGUGUCCUCAGGUCUUUACCAAUGCGUGGCUUCAAAUGCCAUUGGAACCAGCACUUGCCUUCUGGACCUGCAAGUCAUUGCACCCCAUCCCCGGAGCAUCGGCCUGAUUGCUGGAGCGGUGGCCACAGGGGCUGUUGUGCUAGUUGUCUGCAUUGUCUUAGUGGCUGUGGCACUGUUUUACUGGAAAAAUAAACACAAAGAGGAAGAAGAGGAGGAAAUUCCCAAUGAGAUAAGGGAGGACGACCUGCCACCCAAGUGCUCCUCUACCACGAAAACAUUCCACGCCGACGCAUCCUCGUCAGAAAACGACACCCUCACCUCCUCCAACACCUACAACAGCCGUUACUGGAAUGACCCCAAAGCCAACCAUGCCACAGACUCCUUCACUCGCUUCAGCAACAACAACGAUGUGCGCCAGCCCCCCUUCUCCCGCUCGGGGAGCAUGAGCACCCGCCCCAUCUAUGCGAACGGAGGCCACCCGUCCCCGGCUCCCCCUAAGACGCUGGUGGUGACGGCCAACACAGCACCGUCCCCUCAGGAGGUGGUGCGGAGCAAUGGCUCAGUUAGCAGGAAGCAGAGGCCACAGCACACGCGCUCGUAUGCCGUGAGCCAGGCAACGCUGGAGCGGAUAGGGGCUGUUCCUGUCAUGGUGCCUGCCCAGAGCCGGGCCGGUUCCCUUGUGUAGGGUGCAUGGGCAGGCUAAAGCAAAACAAGAAGCUUCUUGUACCAGGUGGGGUGAAGACAUGGCCAAGAGACCCUCCUCCUUCCUGAAAAAUGCAGUAAGAUGGGGGGAGACGCGCCUCACCCCACUGCCCUCCCCCCUCCCGAGACUGUUGCUGGCUGGUGGGACAGCCCUGGCCUUGCCUCUUCCCCCUCAGGUUUUGGGGACUCUUCCAUGCUGGUGGAUCUCACAGAUGUGCCAAGGCCACAGGAGAAUGGUUCUAGGGGCAUUGCUGUGCUCACCCUGACUGCUGGGCCCCAGCAGGGAUGCACGCUCGGCCCUAAUCUCUGGGGAAUCUGUUUUUUUUCAGUUGGUUGGUUUUUGUUGGGGGUUAUUUCUGUUCAUUUGGGUCUUUCAGGGAGGUUUGAGGAUAUAUAUUUUUUUCUGUUGUUGUUGCUGUUUUAUUUUCAAGAGGACAACAGACUGUUGGAGUGGGAGGGACAAGCGUCUCUGGAAAAGGCAGAAAAGGGUUGAGUGGGGAAGGGGCACUCAAGAGGAGUAUGCAUCAGCCGUGGCGACCACAGCCCCUUCCCCACAGCCCUAUCCCUGCUGCUGGAUGAGGGAGGGCAGUGGGACAGAGACAGGCAUGAGGAGACAAAGGCUGAGGGGGGCCCAGGCUGGAGGGGUGAGGCAGAAGCAAAACCACCAGCCAGGCCGAGGCGGGGAAGGCUGGGCAAGGACAUGGGCCAGAGUGUGUUUUUCUUUAUUUAAUUUUUGCAGUUCUUCCCCUCCACCCUUCAACACACACACACACGCACACGCACACGCACACGCACACAUCCUUGUUAAACUAGAUGUUUUUUCUGCACUAGUUCUAGGUGCCUCUGGGCAUCUUUCCCUGCAAAGCUCUGUGCAGUAUGAGGGUGCAUUGCUCCUGCGGCUGCUCUAGGACUUGUGGCAUUUUUUUGUUGCUGGGGUUUUUCAGAGGCAGAGAGGAGCACGGUGGGGUGGGAAAGCGGCAGGCAGGUCCUGAACGGCUGGCCAGAGACAUCUGCUGCUCCUGACUCGUCUGAUUCUGGGCAAGUGGCUUCAAACUCCAAAGCUUUGGUGACCGCAUGGCAGGUUUUCCUUGCUGGGCUAUCUAGGGCUGGCCUGCAUGGCAGGGCAUGUUUCAUGCUUGGGGCCCUCACACUGAGGACCACGGUUUUUGUUCCCUCUUUCCCACACACACAUGCCCUUCCCAGAUGCUGGGGUUGGCAGGACUUACUUCCAAAUUUCUUUGCUGAGAAGGAGUAAAAAUGGGGGCUUAACGGAGGAGGUAACUCCAUGGGAGCCCACACACUCUCUUUCUGCCUCCACUGCUUCCCACAGUGUCCCAGGGCCAGGUACCCGUGGCACCUGCUGGUGGCUCUGCCAUCACCUCACAGCCAGGGAGGUGGUUGUUGCUGGCAUCUAUUCUUUUACUUUUUCUAUUGCAACUAAAUAGCCUUAAUCAAAGCCAAGGGUUGAAACAGCUCAAAGGGCCUGGUGCCACUGGAGGGCUGGACUGAGGGGCUGGCACUUACCCUCUUAGAGAGCCCUGGGUCCAAGCAACCAUGCCUGGAUGGGUAUGCCUGCCCUCCUGCAUAACGCUAACCCUUACACACGCUAAAGCACUGGUCACCUCCAAAAGCACCAGAGACCUCUCAAAUGUGCUCUUGGAAAAGCAGUGUCAGGGAUCACAGACUACUCUCCAUAGCCCUCAUAUUGGAAAAAGGGUCUGUUUGAGCCAACAGAUUCUUCCUUGUUCCCCUUUUUCUUGUCCCGGCACAGCUUUACUUUCUCUACCAGUGCACAAACUUUGGGCAGGACCUUCUGCCUGAGCUGUAGCCUUCAAGCGCAAGCACAGGGUCCAAGGAAGAGGCAGGGGUGAGGGCUGGGUUCCCACAUGGACACAUAGGCUUUCGGGGAGGUUGGGGGCUCCUAGGCUGCACAAAGUUUGAAGCUUGGCUGAGAUUUUGUGCCUUCUUUGCUUAAAAUAAUAGUAAUAAAAAAAAUCCAGCCUCCCUUCCUCUGCCCUCCUACACACCUCUGACCAGAAUGGGUGCAAACCCCCUGCAGCGGUGCAGACGGGUGAUUGCUUAGUGUGUGUACACACAUUUCACUGGAACAGUCCUAUUUCCUGUCUGUCUGCUCUCUGUGCUGCUGGGUGGUAGGACUGAUGGUGGGGUGGGGGUGGGGAAUAAAAUUCGCUUUUGAAACUGUAAUGUGUGGAGGGAAAAAAAAAUCAAAGAAAAGCCGGGAUGCGUUCUCUCUGCUUUUGUAACCACCCCUGUGUGACAUUUACAGGAGCACUGCCCUCAGCAGGCCCACUACUCUCUACCUGGAAAAGCUCUUCUGGUUCUUACCCUCGGUGAGACUGUUCGCUCCUCUUUCUUUGUUCUUUCUAAUUGUCUACAAUUCAAUAAAACUUUAUUCAUAUA